CAGCCCCCGCCCGGUUCCGCGCCCAGCGCCGCGCGCCCCUGCCCUCUGGCCGCCGCCUCUGCCUGUUUGGCAAGAUGUCGGUGAAGGAGGGCGCCCAGCGCCGGUGGACGGCGCUCAAGAAGAAGCUGGGGCCGCAGGACUCCGACCCCACCGAGGCCAACCUGGAGAGCGCUGAGCCCGAGCUGUGCGUCCGGCUGCUGCAGAUGCCCUCGGUGGUCAACUACUCGGGCCUGCGCAAGCGGCUGGAGAGCAGCGACGGCGGCUGGAUGGUGCAGUUCCUGGAGCAGAGCGGCCUGGACCUGCUGCUGGAGGCCCUGGCGCGGCUGUCGGGCCGAGGCGUGGCGCGCAUCGCCGACGCGCUGCUGCAGCUCACCUGCGUCAGCUGCGUGCGCGCCGUCCUCAACUCGCGCCAGGGCCUGGAGUACAUCCUGGGCAACCGGGGCUACGUGCGCCAGCUUUCCCGGGCUCUGGACACGUCCAACGUGAUGGUCAAGAAGCAGGUGUUUGAGCUGCUGGCGGCCCUUUGCAUCUACUCCCCCGAGGGCCACGCCCUGACACUGGACGCCCUGGACCACUACAAGGUGGUGUGCAGCCAGCAGUACCGCUUCAGUGUCGUCAUGAAUGAGCUCUCCGACAGCGACAACGUCCCCUACGUGGUCACCCUGCUCAGUGUCGUCAAUGCCCUCAUCCUUGGCCCUGAGGACCUGCGGACCCGCACCCAGCUUCGGAAUGAGUUCAUCGGCCUGCAGCUGCUGGAUGUCCUGACCAGGCUGCGGGACUUGGAGGACGCCGACCUGCUGAUCCAGCUUGAGGCCUUCGAGGAGGCCAAGGCCGAGGACGACGAGGAGCUGGUCCGGGUGUGCGGUGGGGUGGACAUGAACAGCCACCAAGAGGUGUUUGCCUCCCUGUUCCACAAGGUGAGCUGCUCCCCAGCAUCUGCCCAGCUGCUGUCCAUGCUGCAGGGCCUGCUGUACCUGGAGCCGGGCCGACACUCCAGCCAGCUGCUCUGGGAGGCCCUGGAGAGCCUGGUGAACCGGGCUGUGCUCCUGGCCAGUGACGCCCAGGAGUGCACCCUGGAGGAAAUGCUACAACGGCUCCUGUCCACCAAGGGGUGGCCCCGGCCUCGGCCCCUAGAUCGGGCCCACAAAGGUGUGCAGGCUGACCUAGGCCUGCCCUGGAAGAGCAGUGCCCCCCAGAAUUCAAGUGCCCCAAAGGCAGGCCUGGAGGACCAGUGGCCAGAAGUGGCACCCCCUUGCCUGCAGGACACCAAAGCCCCAAGAACAAGUGGAGGCUUGGCUCUGCAGCAGACACCCCUGGCACCGCAGACACCCCUGGCACCACGGACACCCAGCCCACCGCCCCUGCCAGACCUGGGGACCACACCACACCCUCCUCCUCCCCCUCCUCCGCCACCUCUCCCUCCUCCUCCCCCACUGCCCCCCCUGCCAGGCCUAGGUGCCACCCCUCCCCCACCACCACCCCUGCCAGGCCUGGGGGCCACGCCGCCCGCUCCUCCUCCCCCACCACCCCCUCUGCCAGGCAUGAUGGCACCAUGUCCUCCACCACCCCCACUACCUGGCUUCGGUGGGCACUCCCCUCCACCUCCCCCACCACUCCCGGGUACAGUGUGCCCUCCUCCGCCUCCACCUCUGCCGGGCACUCCCGCCCCGCCAGCAGCGGGUGGCACCGAGGAGGGCAUCGUGGCUCAGGUGGCCCACUGCCUGGGCUCAGCCCGGGUUCCCAGCCACCGGCACGUGAACCCACCCACGCUGCGCAUGAAGAAACUCAACUGGCAGAAGCUACCGUCCAGCGUGGCCAGGGAGUGCCAUUCCAUGUGGGCAUCACUGGGCAGCCCGGACACGGAGAUGGUGGAGCCCGACUUCUCCAGCCUCGAACAGCUUUUCUCAUUCCCGGUGGCCAAGCCCAAGGAGACACCAGCAGCUGCCCCAGCCAGGAAGGAGCCCAAGGAGAUCACUUUUCUUGACUCUAAGAAGAGCCUGAACCUCAACAUCUUCCUGAAGCAGUUCAAGUGCUCCAAUGAGGACAUCGUGGCCAUGAUUCAGGCUGGGGACACCACCAAGUUUGACGUGGAAGUCCUCAAACAGCUCCUCAGGCUCCUUCCAGAAAAGCAUGAAAUUGAGAACCUGCAGAUGUUCAAGGAGGAGCGUGCCAAGCUGGCCAGCGCCGACCAGUUCUACCUGCUGCUCCUGGGCAUUCCCUGCUACCAGCUUCGGCUCAGGUGCAUGCUGCUCUGUGAGGAGACAGCCGUGGUACUGGACAUGGUUCAGCCCAAGGCCCAGCUGGUGCUGGCCGCCUGUGAGAGCCUGCUCACAAGCCACCGGCUGCCGGUCUUCUGCCACCUCAUCCUGAAGAUCGGGAAUUUCCUCAACUACGGCAGCCACACGGGUGACGCCGACGGCUUCAAGAUCAGCACGCUGCUUAAGCUCACGGAGACCAAGGCUCACCAGAGCCGAGUGACACUGUUGCACCACGUGCUGGAGGAGGUGGAGCGAAGCCACCCAGAUCUCCUGCAGCUGCCCCAGGACCUGGAGCAGGCCUCCCAGGCGGCCGGAAUCAACCUUGAGGUCAUUCGCUCAGAAGCCAGUGCCAACCUGAAGAAGCUUCUAGACACCGAGCAGAAGGUGUCGGCCUCCAUCCCCGAGGUCCGGGAGCAGUAUGCUGAGCGCCUGCAGGCCAGCAUCACUGCCUCCCGGGUGCUGGGUGAGGUGCUGGAGUCCAUUGAGCAGAAGAAGCUGGAAUUGGCCGACUACUUGUGUGAGGAUGCCCACCAGUUGUCCCUGGAGAACACUUUCAGCACCAUGAAGACCUUCCGAGAGCUCUUUCUCCGCGCCCUGAAGGAGAACAAGGACCGGAAGGAGCAGGCGGCCAAGGCAGAGAGGAGGAAGAAGCAGCUGGCUGAGGCUGAGGCUCAGAGGCCUCGGGGCGAGGAUGGGAAGCCUGUCAGGAGGGGCGCAGGUCCGCAGGAGGAGGUGUGUGUCAUCGAUGCUCUGCUGGCUGACAUCAGGAAAGGAUUCCAGCUCCGGAAGACAGCCCGUGGCCGGCCGGACGGGGAGGGGAGUGGCAGGGCUGCAGCAGACCCCCCAAGGGACUGGGAGCCUGGGGCCACCAGUAAGCCCAUGGGAGGCCCCAGCCACCACCCCUCAGAGCCAGGCCUUGCUUCUGCAGUGGUCACCGGGCCCCGGGACUGGGACCUUGUGGAUGCCACCCCACCCCAUCCACGGCCAUCUGGGGACCAGCCGGAGGCUGGCAGCCCUGAGCCCCCAGGUCGACGUUCAUCUUUGUACACGGAUGCCACCGAUUCCUUGGCCACAGAGGACCCUCAGAGCCCCGAGCCCUCAACGGGGCCCUGGCCAGUGGUGCUGGGGGACACUCAGGCCCUGAAACCCCUCAAGUUCUCCAGCGACAAGCCUCCCAAUGCCACAGGUUCAGGCCAAGUGAUUUCGGCCCCCACAGCCCUGCAGGGCCCCUUCCAGGCUGAGGCCGACAGCACCAGCCAGGGGUUAGGGGAUGCCCACACUCUCACCCCCAGCACCAGCCUCCCAGCCACAAGCCCCAGCCAGGGAGGGGACGAGGAGGACGUGGCCCCAGAGUCUGCACUGGACACAUCUCUGGACAAGUCUUUCUCUGAAGAGGUCAUGACUGACUCAUCAGGGUCCGGCAGCCUGCCAAGGGCCCGUGCCCGGAGCACCAAGGGAAGUGGCAGGAGAAGGAAGAAGCGCUUUUCAAAGAGUCAGGAAGGCCUCAGGCCCAAGCCCAAAGCCAAGUGA